GUGUACGUUAUUAGUGAUGAAUAAUGCAGUCAAUUGUGACAUUUAAAGUAGUGUUUAAGCAAUAAAUCAAAACAAUCAUUGAAUUGAUUGUCAAUAACAGUGUAUUUGCUGUCAAUUUGAUGACACAAUUGAUAAUCAUUGCAGACAUACAUUGUAUUUAUCGGUUAUUUCGGGUCAUAAAGUGGUAAUUAUUGGUUGACAUGCAAUUCGGUUGAUGCCAUGAGUGACUGUCACCCGAAGUCGUCGACCUCUGGCUCAUCAGUGGUAGAUCCGGCCGUCGGCGAAGUGAAUCACAUCUCGAAACUGUCGGACCAUUUAAAUGGUCUGUAUUUGAGUGAUAAUAUGAGUGACAUAACUCUGGUUGUUGAUGGCCAACGAUUUCCUGCACAUCGCGUACUUUUGGCCGCCAGAAGUAAUUACUUUCGGGCACUUCUUUACGGAGGAAUGAAGGAAUCACAGGAAAAUGAGAUCCAUUUGAAAGUGACGUCAGUUCAUGCCUUCAAAUAUCUACUUAAAUACAUAUAUUGCGGACACAUUCAACUUAAAAGUUUUAAAGAAGAAACCAUUUUAGAGAUCUUUGGUUUGAGUCACGAAUACGGCUUUGAAGAUCUCGAGAAAGCCAUUUGUGAUUACCUGAAGGACACGCUUUCCAUCCGAAACGUGUGUCUUAUCUACGAUACGGCAAAUCUUUUUCAAUUGAAGUCUCUUUCGGAUGUUUGUCAGACAUUCAUCGAUAAGCAGGCAUUGGAUGUGAUGCGAAACGAAGCCUUUUAUAAUUUAUCGGCCAUUUCUUUAAAAGAAAUGAUAAGUCGCGACUCGUUUUGUGCUCAAGAGAUUGAUAUAUACCAAGCAGUGUAUGAAUGGACACAACGUAAUCAAGUGACGGAUAAUCCCGAUGUUUUGCGUGAUAUAAUUGCUUGCAUUAGAUUACCGUUGAUAUCAGUAAAAGAUUUGUUAACAACUGUCCGCAACUCAUCAUUAGUCGACCCAAACGACAUACUGGACGCCAUACAAGUGAAACAAAUAUCACGAGAUUCGGAGCUCAACUAUCGGGGCUGUCUAUUGCCUGAUACAAACGUUGCCUGUAGUAGAUUCAAUGCAAAGGUUAUCUAUGGUGAGAAUCCCAGAGCUCUUUUAGAUGGAGACUCCAAUAACUAUGAUAUGGAAAAGGGAUUUACACGACAUCACAUCGAUGAGAGCACUGGACAGGGAAUUGUUAUUCAAUUGGGAAUGCAAUGCAUAUUAAAUCACAUCCGAAUGCUUUUAUGGGAUAAAGACAUGAGAGCCUACUCUUAUUAUAUCGAAAUCUCGAUGGAUCUGAAUGAUUGGGUUCGUGUUAUUGAUCACACGCYAUACCUGUGCCGUUCGUGGCAAUACCUAUACUUCCCAUCCAGAGUUGCCAAAUAUGUACGAAUAUUUGGUACACAUAAUACCAUAAAUCGUGUGUUUCAUGUCGUAGCCUUUGAGUGUAUGUUUAUUGAGAAACAAUUUGAAAUCGAUAGGGGAUUACUAGUUCCCAGCUAUAACGUGGCUACCAUUCAUAAUAGCGCUCAUGUUAUAGAAGGUGUGAGCAGAACUCGUAAUGCAUUGAUUAACGGUGAUUGGAAAAAUUAUGAUUGGGAUACCGGUUAUACAUGUCAUCAAUUGGGAAGCGGAGCUAUAGUCGUUCAAUUGGCUCAGCCAUAUAUGAUAGACUCGAUGCGAUUACUUUUAUGGGAUACAGAUAAGCGCUCGUAUAGCUAUUAUGUUGAGAUAUCGGUGGACCAACAGAACUGGCAUAUUGUGGCCGAUAAGCGAAAAGAGUUUUGUCGUUCGUGGCAAUUGUUAAAAUUUACUCGAAGACCCGUUGUCUUCAUUCGCAUCGUCGGUGUCUAUAAUAGCGCUAAUGAAGUGUUUCAUUGCGUGCACUUUGAAUGUCCGGCACAGAUGUCCGAAGACAGUGAUGUCGACUCUGAAUCACAAAUACUUGAAGAAGAAAUUACAAGAAUUACAGAAAAUUUAGAGUCAGUUGAAGACAUUGUUGAUGAAAAUAUCGACGGAAACAAUAAUGAAAUUGAAAAUUAAAAAAUCAUUUUAGUCUUAUUUUAUGUUAUUGUUU